ACGAAUCAUGUUAAUUAUCGGAGAGGCUGCUUUGUCCGCUUUCUUUGAGGUGCUGUUUGAAAAGUUAACCUCCUCUGAUGUGUUGAAGAUCUUUAAGCAAGAGAGACUUCAUGCUGACCUCAAGAAGUGGAAGACAAUGUUACUGAAAAUCCGUGCAGUUUUGGAUGACGCAGAAGAAAAGCAGAUGACAAGCAAGUUGGUGAAGAUCUGGUUGGAUGAGCUCGAAGACUUGGCUUAUGAUGCAGACGACAUCUUGGACGAGUGUGCUACUGAAGCCUUGCGACGUAAGGUGAAUGCAGAAGCUGCUACAAGUAAGGUACGAAAGUUCAUCCCUACUUAUUGCGUGGGUUUCAAUCCAAGUUCUGUUAUUUUCGGUGCCAAUAUGCGGUCCAAGAUUGAAGAGGUUGAUGCAAGACUGCAAAGAAUUGUGACAGAGAUGAAUGGUUUGGGAUUGAUAGAAAGUACUGGGAGAAGGACUAGAACAACAAGAUCAUGGGUGCCCACAACUUCUCUAGUGAAUGAGGGUCAUGUUUACGGCAGGGAUGAAGAUAAAAAGGCUAUUGUGAAGUUGCUGUUGAGCCGUGAAUUGGGUGAUGCUCAACUCUCUGUGAUUUCCAUAGUUGGAAUGGGGGGAUUGGGCAAGACAACUCUUGCCCAACUAGUUUACAAUGACGAUGUUGUGAGCCGUUAUUUUGAUUUAAAAGCAUGGGCUUGUGUUUCUGAUGAUUUUGACAUUGUAAGGGUGACAAAAGUAAUCCUACAAUCUCUUAUUGCUCCUGAGAUUUACGAUGUUAAUGAUUUGAAUUUACUACAAGUCAAAUUGAAGGAGAAAUUAUUUGGCAAGAAGUUCCUAUUAAUUUUGGAUGACGUUUGGAAUGAAGACUACGAUAAUUGGACUAAACUACAUAGUCCAUUUGAAUUUGGAGCCCCAGGAAGUAAGAUUAUUGUCACAACUCGAAAUUAUGGCGUUUCAUCAACAAUGGGAACUACUCCAACUUACGAGUUAAAAGUUUUGUCAGAUGAUGCUUGUUGGCAAAUAUUUACCCAACACGCAUUGGGAGCAACAAAUUUUACCAUGCAUCCAGAACUUGAAGAAAUUGGUAGAAAAAUUUUAUAUAGGUGUAAGGGUUCACCUUUGGCAGCAAAAGUACUUGGAGGUCUUUUACGCACUACAAACAAUCAUGAUGAGUGGAAAAAUGUGCUACAUAGUAAGAUUUGGGAUAUUCCAGAAGAGAAAAGCAAUAUUCUUUCAAUUCUUAAAUUGAGUUAUAAAUAUCUCCCUUCACAUUUAAAAAGGUCCUUAUCACAUUCUCCAAACUCAACGAAGAACAGUUUACUCUAUUUUGACAAGGUCUUCAGAGUUAGCAGGAUUCCAUUACCAUGCUUUACCCUUUAUAGAUUAGCAUUGAUGGAAAUAGCAGCACCAUAAGCCACACAAUGACCUUAAAUUGGGUAGAGAGGACUAUCAAGGUGCUAGUGAUCAUCACAAGGAGAUACUUGAAACAUCACCCACUUAGAAUUGUAUAAAAGUCCUCACCAGGUUUCUAAGCCUUAGUAUUUUCCUCCAACCCCAAGAGUAGCCUUGUGGAAUUUUCGCAAUGCAUAAGAAGCUGCAUAGUUUUUGUUCAAUA